AUGUAUGAGCCAACUUCAGAGGGCUCAGAUAUAUCCCAGUUUUCAAGGUAAGUAAUCAAAGUCAAAUAAAUUGGGUUAUUUUCAUGCUUUUGUUUGGUUUUCUUUCACCACUGCCGUCCCUCACACUGGGUCAUAUGUGUAGUGACUGUUUUCAUUUAAUCAACCGUUACAAUUUCCGAAAAACAACGAAUACAUUUAGGACAAACAGCUCCGGUAGAGACAAUGUGUAAAGUAUAAAAUUCCUAUGUUCUAGAAAUUUCCCAGUUCUUUUUCAUGGUAAGUGGUUAUUGUGAUCAAUUCUGUGAUUGGUGGAUUUAGCUAAGUGGACUCCGUAUGAUUGGCUGCUUCAACUGUCCGGCUACAGGUGUCCGAUUACACUGUCCGAUUACAACUUUUCAGAAUGAUUAGUGAAAAAUAAAGUAGCAAAUGCAUCAAUCACAUUUGAGGAAAUUGUAACAGGACUUUGUGUCGCCCAAUUUGGUCUGUAAUCAUACUAGUGAUUAACAAAUCGGGCCCCCGCUCCGCGGUCGUCCGAUUUUGUUAAUCAUUCGUAUGAUUACAGACCGAAUUGGACUCUACUCAGUCCUAUUACCAUUUUAAAUUAAAUAAGGUAUGUCUUUUCCCUAAAAGAUAUAUAAACAUUACUGAACUUGUCGAUAACAGGGACACUGACCCAGAACCUGAUCCUCCUCACUUCACGUCACAUGCCAUCAAGGCCACGUUUGACUUUCUAACACGUUGUCACUCUGGAGGAAAGUCAUUGGUGUCUGUGCUUUGUAACAGCAAGGUAUGUGAUAACCGUACUACCUGAGUUAUUGUAAGUGCUUUGAAGUGUGCUGGUGUUGUUGACCGAUUUCAUGGUUUUGGGGAGGUAUUGAAUUAGUUUCUAUGUAGGACUGACGCAAGAGGGAAAUGAUUUAAAUUCAAUAGUUUUGCUUAUUGAAGUUUACUAUGGAAUUGAGACGCAGUAUUUUCUAAACCUCCACAGACAGGUUAAUUUUGUUAUGUUUUAACGUUAAUAUAAGAGUUGUUCUUUUUUCUUUUUUAUUUUUUCAAGCGUGAUAUUAUGUUCUCAUUUUGGUCACAGUGUCAUACUUUCCCGUAAGGAAGAUUACUUCUAAAUUGACUUUGAAUAGCUACAGUAUUAUUCUUUCAACAGGAUAGUAUCCAAAAGAUUCUCUUGUCUCUUACCUCUCGGAUUGCUGGAACUCACAUUAUCCACGAACAGAGAAGGGUUCUGUCCAUGUACAGACUUUUUGUUCUCCUCCUUUUAAAAGAUCUUCCUGAAGGUUUGGGAAACACCUGGGCAUUCUUCAUCCGUGACGUGAUUUACUCCCUCCUACGAAUUAUCAGUGACGAAACACAAGUAAGAACACGUUCGAAACGACGAAAUCUUUGUCUCGUGGUGGAUGAAGACUUGUUUUCGCCAUGCUGCAAUCUGAUGUACCAUGUUUCCAAAGCUGCCGUAGAUUGUUGUAGCCAGGUUAGACAAAGGGCCCAAAAAAGGUCUUUCAAAUAGCCCAGCAUUCUAAUUGCAACCGUUUUGGUCGCCAUGGCGGGUAAAAAGUAUUUUUGCGACUAAAAUUUCGGCGAAAGUCACCAAAUGGCGACGAACAAAUUUGAAGGAAAAAAGUCAAAAAAGCUAUCUUUGUUUGGUCGAAUUAUCAAACUUGUAAACGCCGGUUACAACAUAAAGUAUCCUUCCAUUGAUAUAACGAUUUUUUUUUCGGCGACCAAAUUAUUCUCUACGGCGACCAUUUUACAGCUGGAGGUCGCCAAAAGGCAAAUUUUUAAAAAAGGGAACUUGGAGCCCUGAAGUCACUUUACUCAUUAACGGUAUCCACACCUCUAGCACAUUUUUCUUUGAGUAUCGAAAGUAAUCUAGGAUUUCUCUGUUUUAUUUUUCUGCGCUCUAUUAUUGGUCUAGAAAAUUCGCACCAUCUUCUUAAUCAUUCGGAGGCCAUAAAAGGUCACGUCUCGUAGCCUGAUCUUCUCUAGUUUUGAGUGAAGAAUGUUUCAUUCGGCUCCUUAAUAAAAGACUAAUCGGGCUCAAUUUAAGUGUCUUACCAUUUUCAAUACGUCCAACUGGCACAAUAAAUUCUCUUAUUUGGUAGAAAACCUCGUUAUUUUUCCUACUAUUUUGUCUAUUUAUUCCUAAUGACAUUCCCUUCUUUGGAAAGGUAUGAGAAUUUCGAAGAUUCAUCAUUCCUUUAGUGAUAUAGCCAGUUUUUUUUGUUUACCUUACAAAGGAAUUUAAAAGUCAUCUUCAUGUCAUAACAAGCGCGCUGACUCCUUAUGCCUUGGGCGAUGAUGAAAGAGCCGAAAAGGUAUCUGAUGGUUUCUAUUUAAAUAGAUAAUAGUCAUUUAUGGUAACUUUUAAAGAUGUCGUGUCCGUAAUUACAAUUCAGCUCAAUUUCCGGGCCUACUUCUGCUCAAUUCUGUUUCUCUUUUAAUCGCUGGUUCAUAUUUUCUAAGUAUUCCUUAUUUUGCUGGUCAUUGAAGAUCAUUUCCCGCCUCUAGACAUUAUCUUAUGUCACCAGACAUGAGAUUACUGUUAUUAGAUAUCAUUAAUGUCAUUAGACAUCUUUCCCCAUUGAUAGACGUCAACAACCUUCCCAAGACAUCAUUUAUCGUCAUAAUAUAUCAUUUAGGGUCACUGAACAUCGUUUACUGUCACUAGAAAAAAGAAUUGUUAAAAGAUAAACCAUACUUCCUGUUACUGCAUGGACAACAUUCACAGUCACUCCGAACAUUGUUCCUUGAAAACAUUCCUCUUUGAAUUGAAGGGAAGUGUUAUUAGGUAUUCUAUAUUCGUUCUUUUAUUUACAGGCCUUGGAAUUACUUAAUUUCUUGCUAGUGGACUCUAGUAAGAAGUUAGAAGAUGCAAUAGCCGAUCUCGACCCAUUUCCGGAUACAGUAAAGUUUCAAAGAAUCAACCAAAGCUAUCAGCAAAUACGAAAAAGCCGAACAUCUUUGAGUGAGGUACGGAAGGAUCAUCGGGUUCUUAUUAUGAUUAUGGCAUAACUGCUUCCGCUGAGAAAGGGCAUUCCUUAUCAGUAUUUUAGUACGCGAGGACAAUAUAUGAUAGUUCCAACCUCUUUACAAAUGUGUUGAUAAUGUAGCCAUCUUUUAUCUCAGUUCACCGGCUGAUGAAGAAAGACCAGUAGCAGACCCCAAGGGAGGGUCAGGGGGAUCCGGAACCCCCCAUCCUCCCUCCUCAUCAUACCUGCAAAUUUUGAAACGGCGGGAUCGCAUAUCACUUACAAACUGACUGAUUAUUUUUUGAUAAUGACAUUUGAUUUGAAGAAGGCUGUGGUCACUCCUACGAGUGAAAGUCUUAAGAGGCAAUAGUAAUCCGAGAAGGAACAAGGGUGAUGGAGAAUGAAACAGUGAAAUGUUCUGCAACAAAAUACAACCUGAUAGUCGAGCUAAAUUUGCACACUAAUCCUUGUAUGUUACCUUUGCAUUUUUGACAGGAAAUUGCCCACUUUUUGCUGGCUGAUCCAAGUUCAUCACCAGUGAGCAGACUGGAAGGACUCCGGCUACUAAGGAAUUCAAUCGUUAAAAACAAAAACCAACUUGUGGAGCUUAUGAACAGGACAGAAGGUAACAGUGUUGUUACUCUAGUAUUCCAAGUUCAUUUGGAGGCUGCCAGCGUCAAUUUGUCUGUGGUCGCCGUUGUUCAGAGGGUGGUCAAUGCUUCUUACCCGAGGAGUAAGGUUACAGUUAAAAUUUUUUGAAGGGGGUUAGGGGUGAGCAGAAAUGGUGCCGAGUUAAAAGCACUCCGCUCCCUCUGAUGUGGGCCUAGUUGUUAUUGGUUGGAGUCCUUGUUCCAAGGUUUUUUAUGCAUUUUCUCUAAGGUAUGAAAUCCUGAAAAAAAAAAAAUUCUUUUUCCUAUGAGUUCCACAAUAAGUUAUUUGCUUUGUCCAGAUGCCUGUGGAGAGUCAACCGCUAGCCCUGUAGCUGACCUCGUUCGUGGGCUCAUUAGUUUGGGCUCUGCACUGACAACCUGUGAUGAAGAUCAGGCUAAAGUUGUACUAUGUGAAGUAGCAAAUUGUUUGGGUGACAUUGGAGCUGUGGAACUCUCUACUGUUUCGUUGGGGUCCAAAACUAGAACAGGUAAUGCUGGCAGUUUUCAUACAGUGCACUAAUUGUAAAAAGAUAUACAUUAGUGAAACAGGAAGACGGCUAGGUGACCGAUUCCGAGAACACCUUUGCGGCAUAGAAAGGAAAGGCGAGAACGCAUCCAAAACAGUUGCCAGACACGUUAAUCUCCGUAAUAAUUCUAAGAAGCACAUGGCAGUCUGCGUCCUCUCCUUACAGCUAGACUUGAACAAAAAUGAACCCUUUAAAUAGGAAUUCUUAAUCCCCACGGUAUCAAGGAACGCUGUUUACUCAACUAAUUUAUUCUUGUUUUCCGUCGCCAUCUUCCCACCAAUAGCGUAGCUCAAUUUUCCGCAUUUAAACACACACAACCCAGAAUUCCUCCUUCUGACGAAGGGCUUACGCUCGAAACGUAAGCUUUGAAACUCUUUACGGCGGCCAAUUAACAAUUUAAACUCAGGUGAUAAAACCAAAAUUAUCUUGUUAUACUUCCCCACCGACGCAGCACCAAAGUUUCAUCAGAAACUUACUCCUCGAACCCAAUUAGAGCUCGAACCCAGGCCUCUUGAUGCAUAGUCUAUUAUACAAACCAUUAGCUAACCAUUAGCAAACCGCUUGUUAUUAACUCUUUCUUUGGGCUGCAUUUUGAUUUAUUCUUAAAAUAAAUGGUCUGAAAAUAUGUGCAUUUGAAUGAUGGUAAUGUUUUUCCUUUCUUUCAGAUUCAUUUUCGUCUGUGGUUAGCAAAUGUAGAGAUUCUGUGAAUCAGAGAAAUGCUGCUAUAGUCAUACUCUUAAACUCAUACCUCAUCGACAAAAAGUAAGUGAUACAUAAUAUAAACUACAAUUAUUACUUACCAACAACACCAACAAAGACAGUUUGUUUUCAGUACUCUUCCUCGCCAAAAUAUGGUAGUACAUACUUAAGCUGACAAAUGAAAUUGGAGUACUCUCUCUCACCUGGGGCCAGCUGUCUUCUUUCUACUUCAAGUUGAAUGUUUUCGGUUUUUUAAGGAGUAUGUUCAACAUCAGGCUAAAAGUACAGUGAUCCUUUUGACUUACGACAAUUUUUUUCCCGUCUUGUUCGUCAUAUUGCACUAAGUUCUGAUUAAUAGAUCCUCCUAACAAAUGUGAAUGAUUUUCUUUAUUGCACUCUUUGACCUUAAACCAGAACGAAUUAGAAAGGAAAUAAUUUCGAACUUACAAAACAAUACCUACUUUGCACACCAACUCUCGUUCUUGGAACAAGUUGUACCCAUUCGCCUCAGAAUUCUAAUGACCUUUUGUCAAUAACCCUUUAAGUGAAUAGCAGCUCACUCUCGUAAAUUAUCUUGAAGGGUUGGCGUCGUCACAGCUGCCGCCUCGUGUUUAAAGAAAAUCCUUUCCACAUCCUCUGGUGCCGAUCUCUUGAAGUCUUUCGAGGAGUCUAAGCAACAACAGCUUUUGUGGUACCUGGAGCCAUUCAAACCAUCUAAGAAAAAAAGAGCAAGUAUUUUCUUAUUUCUUUUUCUUUUUUUUUUUUGUAUAUAUAUAUACACAACUGAAUCUUUUUUCCAGUCGUUGCUUUAAUUGUCAAUAGAUGGCAGUUUUUUUAAUAUUGCUGUGCUCGCGUAUCACGUUUUCAGCAGUUAAUAAGAAAUUCCAUAGAAUCUCUUGGUUGAUGAAAAAAAUGGGUAGCAUGUUUACGUUUAGUUUCAACGUGGAAUCGAGUUGUACUUUCAGAGAUUAAGAACCUCGAACGGAUUACGUCAAGAAUUUAAGUUUUGCCAUCUGUCUUUUACUCGUUUGUAUUGCAUUGCUAAGAAAUAAUAAGAGGUGAAUUCUUCUUGUUGAAGCGCGCAGUGAAGUUGGUUUUAAAUUUGUACAAUAUUGCUUCUUGCAGUCUUCAGCCAUGGACAUAAGUUGUGAAAUAUCUAAUAGCAGUCUUGAAGCUACAGAGUUAUGGACACCCGGAAGUGAAGUCCGGGAGUACAGCCAUGAACAGUGGCUGACAAGACUGGCCUGUACCUUGAUCAAAAGUGGAUUUGUCAAAGAUGAAGUUCUUAUUGUGUUAUCCCCCAUUUGCGACGUAAAGGUAAUUUGGUUGGCAUGUUUAUUUUAGGCGUGUGGUCUGAUAGUUAUAAUUUUAAAUGGGCUCCUCUAAGGAGACAUUUGGUUUGGUUUUCACACGGAGCCAAACUGCCCGUAGCGCGCGAAAAUGCGAUUAAAACAAAGUAAAAUCAAGGUAAUCCCUGAUAACUUUCGAAAUUCAAAUAAAAGGACAAUCAGGAAGCAACUAUUUCGUAAGGGAACAGACUUAAUGAGCUUUGUGAUCCACUAAGAGGAUAAAAAAACAAAAAACAAACAGGCGAAAGCGCGUUGAAGCUUGACAACUUUCCCUUAUAAAUCGUAGACUUUUAAAUACAAAAGGAAUAAACCUUACAGCUUCAAACUUUUCGAGGACAUUGGUCGCAUUUAGCAAAUGUAUCCCGCAAGAGAUUUACACCUGUAAUUUGAUGAUACCUUAGACAUUUUGGCUGGCUCUAGUUAUUUCCACUGCUAAUGGAUCCUUUAUUUACCUGCCCUUAUUUAUUGACAGGUAGAGUUUGCUGAACGCGUUUUUCCCUACUUGAUACACAACACACUGGAAUGUGGAGAUGAUGCCAUCAGGACGACGUUGUCGGAACAGUUCAGAAACUUCUUCACUUUUUGUAAUGGAACAAGUGUUGUCCCAAGCAGACCCAACUCUCCGUUACCUCCGAAUCAGCCAUCCUCAAGCAAAAGCGAAGGUGAGAUAAACGUUCUUGUUAGUGAAUAGAUUGUAUUUCGAAAUGAAAAUCGUGUAGGAAAGUUUUGUGGUGUUUAUAUUUCCGAUGUGGAUCGGAAAGUUUCAACAGCAUAUCAGCCAAUCACAGCUGAGAAUGGUUCAUUUGGUGACACGGACUCAGUCUCCUUUAUUAGCUGAGGAAGACUCGAAGUAUGUUGUCGAAACGUCGCAAUCCCUAUUGGAAGACACUACAACGUGAGGCAAACGAUUAUAUCCCACGACAGGAGUAUAUAUUGCAAUGAAUGACCACAAUGUGUCUGUUGUGUUUCUUUGUUUUAUUGUGAUGCUUCUCCAUCUUCUUAUUUCAACGAAACGUAUCUCACGCACAUCUUAUACAAGUCUGCAUAGCUUCUGUGAGAUAUAUCAGUUUUGUUUCCAUAACGUGAAGCAACGUGGAAUAUCGCAAAUCCUUCUAAACAGGACAAUGGUUAAUCGCAAGUAACCUCCAGCAAUUCAUCAUCUCCCUCUUUCAUUGUCCUGGUACUCAUUGGUACUCCUUGGGAUACGUCUCUCUUCACUUCUUUUACAAUUCUUCUCUGAAGUGUGGGAGACACGGGUUUGAAUCCCGUCGAAGCUGAAAUUUUUUUCCAGGCUUCUUUUCUGAAGUUUCUUAAGUUGCCGCCCCCCUGCGAGGGUCCUCUCUUCACUUGAAUGUCAUUUUUAUGACAACUUAUGAUUUAUUUACUUGAAAAAGUAAAUUCCUUACGCUUCUCUGUGUAGAGGAAAGUGAGGUGCCAGAGAACAGAGCGCAAUGGCCUCGGGCAUCGCUGAACCUGGAUGUUUUGUUCCGGAGUCUAGUGCUUUAAUCGUCAAGUUACCGCCAGUGUCUCACACAAUCUCAUUCAAUUUAUCCAUAUCGUUGUCGUUCCUACGUACACGAAAUGCGACGCCCAGCUUCCACGUCCCUUCAGUGAUUUCUCAGUCUUUAGAAGCCCUUCGCUCCAAUAUGGAAAACAAGAACCAACCUUCUUGUUCCAUCCUGUGCUUUGUGCUCAACAUCUUCUUAUCAGUACCCAUCUGUUGAAGUUCGUGACCAGCUGACUUCCAAGUGGUUUUUUUUUUAACUAUUGAUUAUCUGAAUUUUGUACUUUAUAGUUAAGAAAGAGAGUAUUCGCACAAUGCUGGCCGUUGUUACGUAUCUUCGAACCCAGAACUUGCCAAAAAAGGAACGAGGCCAAAGCACUUUAUGGGACAAUAACUUCUGGCUGGACUUAGAUUACUUGGAAGUUGCCUCAGCAGCUCAGAGGUGUUCUGCAUAUUUUACAGCCCUUCUUUACACUGAAAUAUGGGCUGAUAUUCAAAAGUAAGUAACUGAUUUUAAUGUACAAAAUAUAAUGACAGUACAAAAUAGGUGUUCAAGUUACGAUUGUGCUGUCGUUGUCACUCGAUCAAAUUUGACUUUCGCGUGAAAAAGUGACUCUGUUACAUCAUAAUAUCCCUCAGUUAGUACGUGUGCCAUGAUUGGUCAAUAAAGCGGUCGUAUUUCACUGUACGGCCCGCUUAAUUACAAAGUUUUUUUAAUUGGAAUCUUCCUCUCUGUCUGAUCCCAGAGAGCAUAACAUAAGGAUUUACGCCAUUAUGGUUCAUAGGGAAUUAGAACUAACAAAGAACUUGCUGGCACAAAGAGUCUUGUUAGCAAACUCUUUGACCAUAAUGCCGUCAAAAAUUUCUUUGCUAAUUACUGAUGGAUAUAUCAAAUUGAUUUGAUUUGCAGAUCAAAGCCCGACUCUUUGGUGUCUAUUUCUCUACCAACCAACAGUCAAAAUCUGGAGAUGGAAACUUCUACAAGUCAGAGCAGCGAUGAAAGCAUAAGCAACAGCUACCAGACCCUAAUUAUUGAGGCUUAUGCGGCUAUUGAUGAACCGGACAGCAUGUAUGGCGUUGGGGCUGGGAGACUGGCUGAUAUUGACUCCCGUGUUAGGACAUACAUGCAUGAGCACGCCUGGGAAAAGGCCCUUGGUAGGAAGAACAUGAUACGUUAAUUGUGUUGUGUAAAUGCUCAAUGGCAAAAGCAAAAAAUAAAAAAAGAAAAAUUUAAAAAUUUAAAAAUUUAGGAUAAUUUUUUUCGAGAUACUCAAAUCCUGACUGUCGUUUUUACAGACCUGACUUUUAAUCUAAUCAGGAGUCUUUCAAAUGGUUCUCGGUUAAACAUUCCUGUAUCUAUUUUUUCCUCUGUUUCCUUUUUAAAGGUGCUUGCGACCUUCGAAUGCAGAACAUCCCCGACUUGUCACAGGCUGGGUUAUUACAAGUUAGUGCUAAAAUGGCUUCAUUGAAUGUCAUGUUUCUGCAGUUAACAUUUAUUUUCUCAGAAAUUUGUAGCCACUAUUCAAUAAUUUUUGUUUUCCAUUUAACAGUCGAUGAAGAACUUUGGUCUUGACCAUGUUAUGAGAAUUUAUUUGAAAGGUCUGUCAGUGGAAAAUCCACAAACGACACCUGAGGUAUGAAUAAUUUUUCGCACAGUUGACCUGUAACAGUUUGGGGGGUGAUUAUUAAUGUACUCCAAAUUGCCUUGAAGUUUCUUAGGGUAUCAAAGGAUGGCCAUAGCAAUUUUCGCUUGAGGAUGUAUGUGUUGCCUUUUUUUUAGUCUCUUCCUUUCUCCUUCUUCUUCCUCUUCGUUCCCAUUCUCCCUCUACACCUCGACCUCCAUAAAUCCUUUUCCUUCUGUUAUUAUUAUAUUUCUUCUUACCACAUCUUUCAUUUCAACCUCUACAAUUUAUUAAGAGUAUCAUUUUUUUCUUGGAUUUAUGAGCACUUCUGUGGAUUCACAAGCUUAUUCGUUCACCUGUGCGCUAUUCUUCCCUCAGGUUACGGAGUUGCAGUUUGAGUCUGCUUGGCAGAACUGCUCAUGGGAUUUGGACACAAGCUCAAGGUAUGUUAUUUUUUAAAUACUAGAUCAAAUGUCCUUUUCUUACCUGCCGUAAACUUUGCCAAAAUACACACGAAGUGUGGACAGGGAAAGGAGCUAAGGGUGUGGGAGGAAAUAAAAUGGUUCCUCCCUUUACACUCCACUACAGACAUCCCUGAACAAACCUUGAUGUCAACUGUCCACUUUAAAUUUUCACCUGGUUUUCCUCUCCCUCUUUCCCUUUCAAUUUUCCAAUUCACGUCGGUGACACAGCUGGUAUUACUGCAACGAGUUGUGGAAAAAACAUUUUGUUUUCUUAGUGUUGGCUCGGACACUCCUCAAGGAUUUCAUCAGUCCUUAUACAGUUGCUUGUGUGCCUUACAAGAUGAAGAAUGGGAACUAUUCCAGUGCACCCUGGAAAAUACAAAGUAAUUAUUUAUUAAGAUAAAUGUAGCACCUUACGUUAGCGAAAUAGGCAUGUUUAUCGUGCUGUUCUCGUUUUUGUUUCACUUUCAUUUUACUACGAUUUCCCUGCGUUACGCUUUCCCGAGCCCGCAACUGCAUUGUCGCAAUGCACAAUGUCGCGCAGGAAUGAUUUAGGAAAGCCUGGUUUCUUUAUAUAACUUAGCUCACCAUCAAAUUGUCUGUAACUCAGUUGCUGAGUAUGGGACUGUAAAAUCAGAAGGUCUGGGCUCUAUAACCUCAUUCUCAGGGGUUCUUUGAGAUUCUAGGUAACAUUACGCUGUUGGGGGAGCGUUGCGUGACAUCCUAAAGAAAAAGAUAAUUUGGUUUUAUCAACUGAGUUGAUAGUGUAAAUUGGCCACUGUAAAGAGUUGAAAAGCUUACGUUUCAAGCGCUAGCCUUUCGUCAGAGCGAAGGGCUAACGCGUGCCGACGAAGGGCUAACGCUCGAAACGUCAGCUUUGAAACUCUUUACAGUGGCCAAUUUACAUUAUCAACUUAGUUGAUAAAACCAAAAUUGUCUUUUUAUACUCCCCCAUCGACACAGCGUUACAGCUUCUUUAGAAAUAACGCCCCUUUAUUCAUCCUCAAGGAUAGCUGCGCAAGGGACUAGAGGUCCUAUUACUCUGUGGAAACUUUUUCCCAUGAGUAAAACUUUGAUUUCGGUCGCUAUAAUAGAGAAGGGUCUUUAAGCCAGUCAUCAAGCCAAGGAAGGGUCAAAUCAUUUCCAUGUAUUUCUAGGGUACGUCUCAUGGAUGAUAUCGCGCAUGUCAGUCUAGAGAGUGUGCGCAGUGUGUACCCCUCACUAACACGGUUGCAGUGCAUUGUCGAACUGGAGAAUUUUGGAAACAUGAUGAACAGGUUUGUCAGCUUUAGAGCAGGUUUCCUUUCAGUUUCUUAAAACACAAACCAAAGUGAUCACAGCAACAAAUUAGAAUAAAGGUUGACAUCAUCAUUAACCAGUGAGAACCCAAAGUAAAAACAGGCCGGCUGCUUGAAGCGCGGGAAAAAUGUGAGUGACGAAGUCGUGAUUGGUUUUAGUUUUGCAUCUUAUUGUUUAACACAUUUCAAGAUUCAAUUUCCGCAGUCCAUGUCAUUGCUAUCACAAAAAUCAAAUCAGGCAACUGUGGCAUGAAUGUGGGACAAACCUGAUACGACUUCGUUUAAACAGAAGUUUUCUCUUGUUGAUUUCAGCACGGAAGACAACAUGGUUGAUAUCUGGAAUGAGCGAUUUCCACUCCCGGACAAUGAUUUUGAGUUCUUAGAGCCAUUGCUUGCUCUCCGAACCACAAUGCUUCAUACUGUUGUCAAACUAAGAUAUGGCAAAAGAAAUGAUGCAGGCGGCCUGAUGCGCCUGGGUCGGUCGUACAAGGAUCUCGCCACACACUUAGAAAUGCAAGCAAGACUCGCUCGACGGUCCCACAAUCCACAGGUACUGUAUAAUACCUAGUGGAAUUUUAUGGAGCAUUUUAGCGUAAUUAGGCUGACUGGACGAUCUUAGCUAAGCGGCAGAGCCUGUGAUAAGAAAGUAGGCAAGGUUAUUUGGGGUGUACACAGCCGACUAACAUGAUCUUCUUCAUUCUCGUCGCUGCACUUUUUAGUUUUGAUAAUUAGGCUAAGUUAGAAUAAUUAUAGUAGAAUGAGCAUCCAAUGAAACCUGUGUCCAGCGGAAAACCGGUGCACUCUCGCAAAUACCGUUUCAGUACAGACUGGGCAAAUUGGGCAACAGCAUUUAUUUUUUAAACACCAAAUUGGUCAGAGUUAUGGCAAAAAUCUCACAACUUAACAUUUUCCUUGUGUAUCGCUAUAGGUGGCCGAGAAGGCUUUGUUCCGAAUUCGACAGUUGCAAAGUGACAUCACAGACUUACAAAGUCGACUUGGAGCGGAGGACCUUGGUGUUGGAUGGUCAUGGAAAAUGGAAGAAGCGAAAUUACGUUGGGCGAGAGGAGAACAAGACACAGCUAUGUAUCUGUUGAAAUCUCUUACGAGGCACCUAGAAAAGGUACGAAUUCUAAUCAGGACUCGAAUUGACUGUUGUGUAAGAGUUCAGUGGACGAUUUAAAAUACAAUUUAAUUUAACUAAGGAAACCUAACGUUUAUGCCCUGUUAGGUUCAAUUUUUUAAACACACGGAAAAUUGGAUGUCGUCUGUACUUCCGGUACUUUUUCAAAAUAUUUGAUUUGAGCAAGACAAAGUAUGGUGGGCUUGAGAUUCAAGAACGGUUUCUUUUUUGUAAUUUAUUCUUGGACAAAGGUUUCAGCUGUAUUGACGUUGAAAGUACAUUCAAUGCUUAAUUUAUUGUAUAAGGAAUAUGAAAACACGGAUGUUGAGCCCUUUUCGCUGCCAUUUUUAAAUAGGACAGGGAUAGUAGUCGCUUGUUUACACACCAAAAAUGAUUCGAAGAAUCUGUUUUUGUCCUCUUCUCACAUUUUAGGCAAAAGACCAGAGCUUGGAGGCAUGCAGUCUGUAUCCACAAACACUUGGACUCUAUGGUACCUGGCUGGCGGAGUCAAAAUCCGAGAAUCCAAGCACCAUCAUAGAAAAUUACUUAGAAAAGGUCAGUGGUGUUCAUUAGAAUGAGAGCGUUUUGAUCUAGGAGUAGAGAACGUUCCGCCAUAAUUGGUCGCCUUGAUUGGUUGAAAAUCGAACUUUGUGAACUUUUCUUAUGCCUGUUCUUGAAGCCUCCUGAGAGAUGUGAGGUAAAAUUCCAUGUCGCGCAUAAGAGGCCGUGGCGGAUAACAGUUGCAGCCAUACCACUUUACCUUUACAGUGGUUCUCACAACCCAGAAGAGUAUGAAUGGAUCCGGUGAAUUGUUAAGCAAACCUGGCGAAUGCAAACAUGAGGAACCCCCUUCCCCACCAAUGUAAUUUUUACGAAAGCCGUCACCACUUUUUUUGGUAAUGAUGUUCUUGACCCUCGUGUCGUCCCUUUUCAGGCCGCUAGUCUUAUGGAAUGUACGAUAGGGGGAAAUCAAGCUUCUAGGAUCGAGGUUUGUGUCAAAUUAUCUUCUUUACUAUGGAUAUUAGCUCGUUAACCGCUAAGAAUGACUAGCACCUAAUUUCUCCUUCAAUAUCACCUCUGAAUGACACAUUUUAAAAGUUCUCGAGAAUAAAGGAUGUGAUCACCAACCAAAGAAGCUCUUGAUUGUUAAACAAAUUCUCCUUGUCAGCACUUUAGGAAAUUAAUAGAAAACAGUAUGGAGAAUAUGCAUGUUUAUCUUAGGUCUGUUAAGGUUUGUUAUUCAAACUUUGUCUUGACGACCAUGAGGCGUUUGUACAUGACAAAGAAAAGCGGAACAAUUUUGAAGUUCGUCAGGUCUUCGCGAGUUUACGUCUAGUCUGAGACCGAAUUAGAACUGACGGGAUAGAAAACUGGAUUGGAUGAUACUGCAAGAAAGCCGAAAUAUCCUGAAAACAAACAAUAGUCGAAUGAAAACGCAGGAUAGGAUGGAAUGAACUGUAAGCAAAAUUGAUUAAAAAACUGUCCUUAGAAACCGAACGUGGGACUCAUUGCAAGUAAUCCAUAUGAGACUGAAUUAAUUGAAAGAAGUGCAUUUUCAAAUAGGUGUUGACUCAGUCAAAUAUCGAUUUUCAUAAUAUCUGAUUCACUGUCUGCCAGUUUAUGAAUUGCUGCCCCUCAGUAGUUGUUUUCAAGACUCUUGAAAACUCUUGUCAGUGUGUUAAUGCCAUUAAUUUGUGAACCUGCAUUUCCUGGUAUUUCUUUGCAGGCCUUCUUAUCGCUCGCAUGGUUUGCUGAUUCACAAUAUCAAAAGAAAGUAAAUUUUAUGAGUUCGAGUGUUUACGAAGACAAAGAAGCGCUGAUGAAGAAGUCAAAGGUUAGAAAAAAAAAGACUAAUAAAUACAUAAGAAAUUUUGCCUAAAAGUCGCCCGCUUAGGGUGAAAGUCGGUGUCGGGGUAAUCCUGGAUAGGUCUGUGGUCCUGCAAUGGCCUAAAAGUUGUCAAACCCAAUCAAUUUACCAAAACAAAAAUUAAUUCCUCAAAACAAAACAAAAAUCCCCAAAACAAAAUUCAAUUUACUGAAACGCAAAAAAUUUCACAAAACAAGAACCACUUUCUUACAACAGAAACUGUUCGUAAGUGCCAUGAAUAUCAUAGAGUCUGUAUUUUCCACUCCAACAUGGUUUUGCUUGGUGUUUUGGUCACGCACUGUGGUGUGUAGUUUUUGGCGGAAAUGAGUGACGUGUACACAACGAUAUGAAAAGCAGACAUUGUCAGCGGCAACUUUUUGGGAACAAACCUCAUCCAUAGCAUCCAAGUCACCAUAACAUCACUCGAUCGACUAUUAUUUCUUGGGUCGCAAGGGACAGUUUCCUAUUAAUGGUUAAGCGUUCUGGAGGUUGAACCAGGGCAACUAUGAAUGAUUGGAUUCGUUUUCUGGUGAGUGAUUGAAGCCUAUAACUGAAAAAAAGAGCAAAAAGGACAUACAUUUAGGCUCAAUUGUUACCAGAAUUCGAACGGUUAACUCAUAGAUAACUCAAAAUUAAUUUGAAGUCGUAACUUUGGAAUGGGAUAUAUUUCAAGUUUUACUGGCUUCAACAGGGCCUUACCUAACCGCAAUUAUCUUGCAAUAAAAAUAUCCAGUUUUCCGGCCAAGGUGUUAAUUAAAGCAAAUGAAUAAAGGGGGUAAGUUUCUGAAGAAACUGUGGUGAAACGUCAGCUUUUAAACUCCUUACGGUGGCCAAUUUACGUUAUCAACUCAGUUGAUAGUGCUAAAUUACCCUCUUAAUUAGAAUGCAUGUCAUCUUUUGCUGAAAGGUGGAGUCGGAAAAGUUACAGCGUAUACCUGACUCUGGUAGAGACAGGUAUACAAGAACACUGAACUUGCAGGCUCAGAUGGAUGAGAAGGAACUACAGCAGGUGGUUAGGGACAGGCACGUGUUCCUCCGGACGGCUGUGGAAAACUACAUCAAAACAUUACUAACGGGGGUAGGUUAAAAACAGACUGAAGAGUCUCUUAACAGUUGCGUGUUAGGUUGUAAUCCUUUCCUUCGUCUUUUGAAUACCUGCAGCGUCUCAGAAAACAAUCCAAGGAAAAUGCAGGUUUAAGAUCCAACCUCAUGCAUGCACCGAAGUUGUAGUCCUUUUAUUAUCCUAUAUUUUGAUACUUUAAUUUGAUUUUUCUCCUGUUUUGAAGGACAAGUAUGAUAUGAGAGUGUUUAGACUAUGUUCACUGUGGUUUGACAAUGCUAAGGAAGAGUUCGUCUCCGAAAUGAUCAAGGUAUGUCAACAAGCAUAACACAACAAAAAAAUUAUUUUUAUGCCAUUCGAAUCUGGCAAAAAUUACAAUCGUGUAGUAACUUACGUACAGUGGCCGUGUGUUUAGUACGUCGGAGCGGUAAAUCCUCUUUCCUGUGUUACAUGCACCAUUUGUUCUUUGGCGAGACACAAAUGAAGAAAUGGCUGUUGAAAUAUGGACCUGGGUAUCGCUUUUUUGGACUAACCCGAUCUUAGGGUCAGCGACAUCUCUAAGGAUCGGUCAUUUACACGAGGUCAUACCCAAACCGCGGUUUCACGCGAGCAGUGGGCCUCAGGUAUAUUCUGUAAAAGGGUUGAUUUAAUGAAAUAAAUGUUAUUUCCACGGUCUGCUUGAGCUCUCUUGACACUGUUCACAAAAAUACUUGUUCAAAUAAAAGGUUCGGUUAAAUUGGAGAUAGUUAAGAACGCCGUUUGUCAAAUAACGGCUAAACUUUGCUUAAAAUACCUGCCCCCUAAGUAUCUAUUAGAUAUUUUUUUGCCUGCAUGCAAACGUUGGGUAAUCAGUGUGAAGAAUCCGUCCAAUCAGAGUAGAUUCGAAUCACACUUUUGCACCUGAUUGCCAGAAAGUAAUGAGUUCAUGCCUUUGAUCCCCGUUUGAACAGGGAUAAUCUUUGUUCUGUUUUAGAAAGAGCUGACAAAGAUUCAGUCCCGCAAGUUUCUCCCUUUGAUGUACCAAUUGGCAGCCAGGCUAGGGACAAAGUCACAUGACAACCGAUUGUUCCAGCGCACUCUUAACGAGGUAUGUCUAGCUUUUGUACCUCGUUAACAGAAUCUUAAGUCAAACACGUCAUUAGUUUAAACGAUUAAACGAUGUUUUAUUUUUUUUCUUCAGCUCAUUGAGCGAGCGGCAGUGGAUCACCCGCACCACACCCUGUUCAUCUUGCUCGCGCUCGCAAACGCUGAGAAAGAUGAGAAGUACAUAAAUACAGGAAAGAGGAACGGGACUUCUAGGCUGGCCAGGAAUCAUUCUAAAGGAACGAAAGGCUUCACCGAAGUGAGUUAUUUGUGUUCAUUCUAUAGCAUCUUGAGGAAUGCUCUUGUUUUAGCACUUAUAAACGGAUGGUAGAGACAAAAGAUUUGAUCCACGCGAGGGAAAACACCCCAUAGCUUUUGGUUGGCGUUAGUGUGUCAAAUAAAGCUCCAAAUGAUUGCUAUUUGUGGGAUGUUGUUUCAAUUUUAUUGUAUUCACGGCUUCUUUUCUUUAGGCUCGUACUCAAACAGCUUGUACUUUGAUAGAGAAGAUUGGUAAACACAGAGGAGACCUUGUCAAAAAUAUGCAAUUGUUGUGUGAAGCUUACAUUGAACUGGCUUACGUGAAUGUCAUGCAGUUGAAGAAUGAGAGAGGUACUUUAAGACCCGCGCGUAUUGAGCAGCCAAUUGCUCUCCACAUUAUGUAUUUGUUCCGUGUGAAAUUCAAUUGAAUAACUAUGACGGUAACUACAUACUUCUCUCAAGCCCCGCUCUAUGGCAAAUGCUUCCUUUUUAUUUUAAUCUUUUUUCCAAACGGCUAACUCCAAUUAAGUAUGAAUCAAAUCUCUGGAAGAAAACUAAAGCCGCAGGAAAGAACUGCCAUCCAAUAGAGGUAAACCAGGUUAAAACCUUUUUUUUUUGGCGUCCGAUUCCAAAACAUAUGUAAAUUUAAAAUGAAGAAUUGAUAAUGCAUGAGAGAGUUUACUUUGAGUGAUUUCUUAGCAUUGCUGGGCAGCUCUUGCAACUUUUACAAGUUUUUUUCAUUGAUGCCUUUUAGGUCCCUUUAACCUACCAGAAGUCACGAUAAAAAGAAUCGUAAACCUCAAAGAAGUUCCAGUUCCCACUAUGGAAGUAAAAGUAGGAAUAAAAUUGUCAACUCUUGACGACUGUGAUUUUUUUAUACUUUGUCAUCAUCAUCAUUACCAUUGUCAUCAUCACUGUUAUCGUCGGCCUCGUAACCGUCGCCAUCAAUGUCAUCAACGUCAUGACCUCGUGAAACUGAAGGAUACGUUAACCCUUUAACACCUAGGAGUGACCAGCAUCUAAUUUCUCCCCACAGUAUCACCCAUAAAUCAAACAUUAAGGUCAUGAGAAUAAAGGAAAUGAUCACCAACUUAACCCUUUAACACCUAGGAGUGACUAGCAUCUAAUUUCUCCCCACAGUAUCACACAUAAAUCAAACAUUUAAGGUCAUGAGAAUAAAGGAAAUAAUCACCAACUUAACCCUUUAACUCCCAAAAUCUUAUUAGUAAUUCUCCUUACUGUUUGCCAUACAAUUCUUAUAAUGUCAAUCAUGUGAUUCUCAUCACUUCUAUCCUUGAUAUUAUAUUGAUAUUGUAAGGAGAAAUUCUCUCUUAGUCACUCAUGGGAGGUAAAAGGUUAAGAGACUCUUAAUUGUUAAACAACUUCUCCUUGUCAGCGCCCUUAGAAAUGUAUAUAGGACAGUAUGGAGAAUCUGCUUACUAAUAUUAGGGUGUUAAGGGUUAUGGAAGAUGUUUUCUUCGCUAUGCCUCCUUUGCUUUCCAGGUGGAUCCGCUGUGCCGUUAUGAUGACCUUGUUUAUGUGGCUGGAUUUGACUCUAAGUUCUGUCUGGCUGGAGGAGUCAAUCUUCCCAAGAUCAUCUUUUGUGUUGGAUCUGAUGGAGUGAAGAGGAGGCAGCUGGUGAAGGUAUGAUGGGUAAGAUUCUGGGAUGGUAGCAUGUCAGCCAAUCACAGCAAAAGGUUACAACACUUAUAUGUUUAACAAAAAACAAAUUACAAGUAACAAGCGCGUAAAAUACGUGGUAAGCUAUAAAUUGUGAUAUGCUUAACUUAGCUAUCUGGUGGGAUCUGUACGCAAAACAGAGCCGUAAUACAAUUUUUUUUCUUUUGUUUAUCUUAUGAAGUCACUCCGGCCUAAAGGUGCAAACUUGAGUUAAGGUGUAUUGGAGCCACACUUAAGUUUUUUUCUUUUGUUUUGUAUUUUCGUUUUUGUUUUUUUGGAGUGUAGGGCAGAGAUGACUUACGUCAAGAUGCUGUCAUGGAACAGGUGUUUGGUAUGGUCAAUCAACUACUGAUAAAGAACUCUGAGACAAGGAAACGGAAAUUGAAGAUGAGAACUUAUAAGGUAAGUCACUCAAGGUCCUCACCAUUUCUUGGAAUUGUGUGAACAUUCCAUAUGUUCUGUUAAAUAUCUAGGGCCCAGUCAUCUUUCCAUUCGUUAUGAGUACUGGUAAGAAGCGAUUCAGAAAACGUCCUGACUCCCUCUCUGAUUUCAUUUUUGACAGCUGAAUAGACCACCUUUUGUAGGACAUUUUGAUCCGUGAUUUCCUAUUCCGGUCAAGACUAUCGCAUGUUGAGCCUUGUUUGGAUGGCCCUAACCCAGGCAGUGCAUAGCAAACAACCUCCGCUGCACAACAUAGCGGUAGAAACACACCAUUCAAUUCUUUGUUUUUGAAAAACUUGCUCACCUCCUUCCAGUAGCACGUGUACCACAUUAUUUCUCUUCAAUCAUUUUUAAAAUAUUGCUUUUCUAAGGUCUCGUUCCCUCAUCAGGUUAUCCCACUAUCGCAGCGCAGUGGAAUAGUGGAAUGGUGCGAGGACACAGUCCCCCUGGGAGAAUAUUUGAUUGGGCGGCCUGGAACCAAGACUGGUGCUCACCCGCGGUACUAUCCCGGGGACUGGACAUCUCUUGAGUGUAGAAAAAAAGUCCAGGUAAAGCGGCAAACAUAACCGAUUGUCCAUGUAGCUCAGACUAAUUUUUAAACCGCAGUAACGGGUAGGUUCAUGCUUGUGAUAAAAUAAAGAAGGUAACUUUAAUGCCUGUUAUUGUCAUUCUUUUAGGCUGGAGACAACAGUGGAAAAUCACGAGAUGAAGUUUACCAGGUAAUCUCCAUUUUUGCAUUGACUAUAGAAACAAAACCACCUCUUGACUUUUGACAGGAAUGGUAAAUUUAUGAUUUGGUGUAGAGUUGGAACGUUAUUCCACACUUAUAGAGACAGGGAUUGCUCUAAACGUUUUCGUCGACAAAUCUCCUUAAGCAAAGGAGACGAAACAAUAUGACAGUUUUUUCUUUAGAAAUCCUAUUGUUCAAAAACUGACCUUAGUUUAAGGACACUCUUAAAGUACUUUCGACAUUUGCCUGCCAGUGUAGAUGACUCAAACAGAACACUUGAAAAGGAGAUUGUAAAGGGUAUAAGAUAAAACUCCACUGAAGGAAUUUGUUUUUCUGACAAGAAGAGAGGGACAGCAUUUCUUUGCUGAAGUAAAGCUGAACAGGUGAAACUACGGCUACGCUAGAAAGCGGAUAGAAAUUGCGCUUGCGCAACCGCGUUCAUAUUUUAGCUCGGUCAGCUUUCAAUCAGUUGUUUUAUCCCACAGGAACUGAUGGAUCAUUUUCAUCCAGUAUUCCGUCACUUCUUUCUGGAGUGGUUCCCAGACCCCGCUGUUUGGUUUGAGAGAAGACUGAGCUACACUCGCGGAGUGGCUACGUCAUCCAUUGGUAAAACAUAUUACUUGCGCGGCACUUUGUAAACAGAGAAGCGCGUUUUCUUGGAACAGAAAAACACGUAACAAAAAAUCUUAGGAUUAAUCCUUGGGUGGUAAGAGGCAUAAUCUCAAGUAUGAGCCUGUUGUGGUAAUUUAUAUGACUUUGCCUUUAACCACGAAGAGAUAGAGCGCUCUGAUACGAUGGAAACUAUCAAAACCUUAACUUGUCCUAUGGAUGUUGAGAAGUCGAAGAAACGAAAUAGUACCACUGUGGUGGUAACCUUUAAAGUAAUAUCAUUCAACUGCCCACUGUCAGCCUUCAUCAGAAGAUCGAGUGGUUUUGAUGUACUUUCUCCCUAGCCAUGUAAUAAUUUGACUUCCCCAAAUGAUCAAUGCGUUAGGUCUCCCAAACUAAGGUGAAACGAAAGAUUAUUGUUUUUAGACAUGACUUUGUCAGAUUAAGGUGAAGUACAUCACCUCCCCAUAGCUUAGCAUAUACACACAACUACGUCCUUGAAAUGUUCCUUCCUUUUUUUUUUCCCUCCAGUUGGUUACGUGGUCGGGCUAGGUGACCGUCACGUACAGAAUAUUCUCGUCGACUGCAACACAGCAGAACUCGUCCACAUCGAUCUUGGUAAGACAACAACUGUGUCAUCUAUGCUAACACCAGGAAACAACAAGUCUUCCCCCACCUGCUCCUUGCCAAAUCUACAACUAUUCUAGAUCCAGCCUCAAAUUAGUAGAAUAAAUUAAAGAAAGUAUGCGUGAAAUUAAAUUACGUACACACAUAUUGGUGUUUAAGAAAACGUAACCUUUCUGGUGCAUGUAUCAUUAUUUUGACCGUAGACUAAUUCUCUCCUUGCAGUGACAAUUUUUUGUAAUUAUUAAAAGUUUACUGUGCGACUUUUUUUUUAUUGAGGUCACUUCCACAAAACCGAUCAAUGUGAUUACAAGACUGAUCCAACAGUAAAUUGCAUUUGGAUCUUAAGUGUCUUUGCUUUCUUUUGUCCUUAGCACAUGUGGGCACAAUUGAAUUUAGUUGAGGUUAGGUCAGUUUUACACAUCAUAAUUGGUUAAUUUUAUUAAAGUGAUCCCGGUAACAGAAGUGGCACUGUGAAAAACAGAGCAUAUGGAAGUCAGAUUUUUCGAAAAAAAGAGUUGCGUCUUUUCGCUAUUUUCGUUCAUAUAAAUGGUUACGUUUCCAAGGGACUCUGGUUCACUGUAACGCUUGCGCAUUUCUUCAGAGUUUGUUUGCCUGGCGAAGUUUCGUUACUUUAGAAUUAAUUUGAUUUAUUGAAGCAGUUGUACUCAUGAUGUUUCGUCAUGGUUAUCGUUUUCUCGCAGGUGUGGCCUUCGAGCAAGGCAAAUUUCUCCCAACCCCAGAGACUGUACCGUUUCGCUUGACACGUGACAUGGUGGAUGGGAUGGGACUGACAGGGGUGGAGGGAGUGUACCGUCGUUGUUGUGAAAAGACAAUGGAAGUUAUGAGAACGUCACAAGAGUCUCUUAUGACAGUUGUAGAGGUGCGCUGUGCUAAUAAGAGAAGUGUUUCAUGUAUGCAUUCCCAUGUUUUAGAUCAGAAAGAGGGUGAAAGUAUUAAAAGGUCUUUCAGCGAACAAAGACGACCUACUCCGGUUAGCGCUUGGCAUUUGACACAAAAGGGCCUCUCCCUUCUCCUUGCUCGCACGCAUGCGCGCCUGCACUUUUGUAUUCUCUUUGAGAAGAGCAGAAAAAAGUCAUCGGGGUUCAGUUAUUCUCCUUACAAUGACCUCAACCUGCAAGGUUGGGUCCUCGCUAUUCUGUAGCGAAUGGCAAAUCGCCUCCCUAACCUGUUAGAGAGCGACUCCUGGAAAUAUUCUAACCAGCAAACUCAGUAAUCAGACGUUAGAAUAUUUAGUGAACUUGGUUAUCGAAAAAGAUAGUGAUUUGGGAGUUGUCUUUUAGCUGACAAAUCCCGAAAUUUGGCGUUGAUUGUCAAAUAAUUAUCAGUAUUGUCAUUGAGGUCGUAGAAUGGUAGUUACUUGAUAAUUUGACACUUACACAGCGUUUGAAAUCGUCAAUUUCUCUCUCGCCAGGUUUUGCUUUACGACCCGUUAUCAUCAUGGACGCUCAGCCCUGAAAAGAGAAAAGCCCUUCAGCAAAAGGCAGAGGAAGACGACCAGUUCCCAGUCAGUGUCACGGGUGACUGCUUGGACGCAACAAUGGGCAUAGAGAACAUCGCCGCCGAGGAUAAUGUGAACAAAAUGGCAAAGAGAGUGCUGUUACGACUCAAGCAGAAACUGGAUGGUGUCGAAGAUGGGGUGCACUUGAGUGUAUCAGGGCAAGUUAAUCACCUGAUAAGGGAAGCCAUGGAUCCUAAGAAUUUAUGUCGUCUGUUUCCGGGCUGGCAGCCGUGGGUUUAGGCGCUGGCGCUUCUUGUGGACCAAGAGACUUCUGAGCAACGUCGCAGUCCUCAAGUCGAAUUUGUAACGAAGGAUAGGUCUUAAAAUACGACGAAACUUGAAAAUAAUUGUUUGUAAGGGAAGAAAAUCACUAAAAAGGCGCGGGUUAAUUGGCCAAAUUUGUUUGACUCUUACAGAAACGUCUCAGGCCAACGGGAAAAUUUAGACCCAACUCUCUUGAUACAGCAAUUUGAUAUUGAGACUUAAUCUGACGACGAAUUACUUACCCUAGUGCACCAUUCAGGUUUUUCUUGUACAUGAUAAGCUACACAGGAAAAAUGCUAAUAUCCUGUUGGUCUAUCAUUCCGGGUUAAAAUACGGUUGAGUAUUUGAAGAAUCAUCAUAGACCGAUAGGGAAGCCUUCGGAGAUGCAGAUAUGAGAGAGAUCUGGGUAUCUAGCGAAGUAAGCAUGAAACAUAGACACUUGUUAGAGAAAGAGACAACUAUUUACACUGGUGAGCUAUCUCUACGUCAAAGUUGAUACGCGAUGAGUUCCAUCUGUUUUUUGUCUAACAUAAUUUUACAGUUAAUUUUAAGUUUACAUGUUAUGGUAAAUUUGAACCAUUGUGGAUAUUUUAUAACAGAUGCGCACAGGUUGAACGCUGUUGUGAUUGAAAAUCUAUAGUAAAUACUAGAAGCAAAUGCUUCUGUU